AACGCGCGCUCGCCGCUUGGGUCAGAAUGCCUCAUGUUUCCUGAUCCUAAAUGACAUUCAGGUCUUCUCUGUUCCUCGAUGAGCGUCCCGCUCCUUCAGCAUUUCCUGGAAAUCCUGCGAAGGAUUUUCCCACAUCGUUUACUUCGCAUCACUCGUCGGUAUCUUUGGUUCAUCUGGUGUCUUUUAACGCGUCGAGAUGCUUCAAAAGAAUUGAAGCGGGCGGAAUCGAAGGGGAACGGAAUUGUAGAGCAGACUGGUUGUGGAUGUGGUUCAAGCUCAGAGGAACUUUCGGUUCGCAUUGGGAAGCAGGACGUGUUCUUCAAAAGCGAAGAUCUUUUCAGCCGCAACUGUCAAUGGGUACCGCCCAACAAUUCUGCUAUAGUCUGUGCGAGCGAAAUCCCAUCGAGUCUUCACCCUUACUCUUUCGAUAAUCCCAGAGCGACAAUCUCAUCUCAAGAAUUGCAAAGAACGAAUUUACAGGAGGACUUCGGCAAAAAGAACUUGUCAUAUCCUCGUAUUUCACACCCUACGACAUCCGGCCAACUACAUGGCUCUGUAACCAAGUUGACUGCUAGUCCGGCUGCCUCAAUUUCGCGCGUCUCAAUGAACGGCCCUUGUGGAGAAACUGCGUCGCGUGUUUCCAUCAACAUACAACAGCCUGACGAAGAAGCUUUACGAGUGGCAGACAGCCCUUUACCCUCGACCUCGCGCGCUGAUCAGCCUAUCAAUGUUCCGCAGCUCGACACAGACCCUGACCGGGUGUCAGUGCUAGCUCCGGAACUGACUACAGAGCCAGGUCCUAUGGAGGGGGAAGAGGGAAUUGUCGGAGGUUACAACCUCGCGCCUAUAACUACGUCUCCGGUUGAGGAGUCAGGACAUACAACUCUAGAGGCUGAAGUGGCCGGUUUCCGAAACAAGACUCUUAGCGAAAUGUGCGACGAUUUUCAUCCUAUGGCCCCAGAGAUCUAUUACAGAUAUUACAAGGAGGAUUAUAUUGAACCUUUGGUAACGACAUACGAACUUGCACCCAUGACAAUGAGAUUCCAGACGCGACGUUUACCGCACGGAUGGAAAGAAUUCCUUCACCACGAAGGUGCCCGGUACUUUCUCUACGAAUCCAAGAGAAUUUACACCGACGCAGACAUCUACAAUCCCUCGGUACAACAACACGCCAGAAGAUUGAUCAAUGAAUUCGACGAGUACACACGUCUACGAAAUAUCGUUUUAACGCCGAACAUGAAUGUCGUGUUCGACAUGUUCUACGAUUCUGAAGAUGACACCUGUCCAUGCCGGUACUAUAUAGUUGACCAUACUACGAGGUCUGUGUUCUGGCUAGACAAAUUUGAUGCAGAUCAGUUACAAGUAUGGGAAGAAGUCAAGGGGGUGACGGAGUUGACUCACAUACGUCAUGCCAUUGAAUCGCAGUAUUGGUACCAUUGUCAUCUGUUCCCUGAUUCAUUUUGUAUGGGUGAAGCGGAAGUGGACGAGUUGAAGGAUAUUAUAACCUAUUGGAUUUGCGACGUUUUGACAUCGCAAGGUAGCACGCUUCCUUAUACGUUAGAGGAGCUGCAGCCUAUGUUAUCUCUCACCAAUAAUCUCCGAAAGAACCUUAGGUCAAAGCGAGGAGUUUCUGCCUAUGCUAGACUAAUGCAUCUCUUCGCUCGUCAACGCUUCUUGGAUUUUCACGGACAACCGGCAGUCCGUCUCGAUCGAAACAAAUCCAUCCAUCAACCAGCCAAUUACGUGCAACCUCAUUCAUGGCUGUUAGGCUGUCUAUCUCCACUCAUGUUCUCCGCGCCCGAUACACAUUGUCGAGAGAUAAAUAAGAUAUGGGUUGAUCGAUGCGUACACAAAGCCGCGUGGAACAAGUUCAUCACCAACAUGAAUACCGAGUGGCAGGAGCUGAUUUUGUUUGGUACUGUGCUUCUCAACGCAAACGUAGCAUUUUUGGCCAUCCAGUCUGUGGAUGAAGCAACUGCAGUACCAAGUAGAUCCCCCGGUCAGAUUCUCAGUUUUCUUUCUGUAGUAGCGAGUAUUGGGAGCGUCAUUGUUGGUUUGAUGCUUGCGAGAAAGAACAAGGUUAAACAAAAAGAGGCCGCUACUGAAGCUGCUAUCUUCUUGAAUUCAUUCGAAGCGGAACGAUUAGGAUUGGAAACACUUGCAAUACUGUAUUCGGUCCCUUACGCGUUGCUGAUGUGGGGUGUAAUAUUCUUUCUUGCCGCGUUCUCCUACUAUUGCUUCAACGGUUCUAUACUAUACGUUCGGUUGAUCGUGGCUGGUGCCUGGAUUAUCGUUUCGUUCCUCUCAUUAUGGUGUAUCUUCACACUCGCAUCAUGGGAUAGCCGUUUCAACGCCCAGAAGACCGCGUGGGACGAGGUCAUAACCGCCAUCAAAGAUACCUUCUACAAAACCAUGAAGAUGACGAAACAAAAACUGAUCGACUGGGGGCUCAGACAGCCUGAGCAAGAGACACCGGUGUUGAGGUUGAGGUCACCUGCGAGGAGGUUGAGUGAGAUGUGGAGGAAGGCUUCGAGGAAGGCGACUAUAUUCAGUGCGCUUAGUGCAUUUGGGAGUGGGAGCGGGAGUAGACGGAUGACGGAGGAAACUGAGGCUCGGAAUGAGGCACGGGCUACGUCGGUGUGAUGGAAGGGAGGCAGGGAACCCGGAAGCGGUCAGGGUUCAUGUAGCAGGAUUCGGAGGAAGAAGAGACCCAUACGGAUUUCAAGCCGUUUGCAGCCCUUAGGUCUCUUCAUUUCGAUCAGGUGCGGUGGGUUCACCGGAGCACCCAUGCAGAAGCACGCACGUCAUCGGUUUGCUUCGAGCCUCAAGACCGUCUGAAGUUCCCUGCAGAUAUACCAACCUUUUCCCGCAACGUCGUAGCGUAUUCAACGUAGCGUGGCCGUUACUAUGGCAAUCCGAGUCUUCGUUGCUCUUCAAUACCGCCGGACCUUCCCAGUCUUUCAUUUCGUCACUCCUCUCCUAUACCGCCUGCUACCGUUACCUAGACGGUAUACCUCGAAGAAUUGUAAACAGCAAUUACACAACCUUCCUUCUUUUCGAGGCAUGCAGCAGACGUUGGCCGUCAAUUGUUUACGUGGGACUCCGACUUGGGAGUGUAUUGACGCAUCUGAGAGUUUACAAAGUACGCUUUCUAUGUAUAACGAAUAGCCAGGCCUCAAUGAGCCUCCCGUUUAUUCUGCAAUUUCCUGCAAUUCUAACGAAGGGUUUUUGUGCACAACAUUCACUUUGCGUUCCUGGUCGAUCACUGAGCCUUGUGGUGCUUUUUU